AUGCUCCGCCACCGCCCCCCGGCUUCCGGUGCUGCGCAGUUUCCGGAGCGGAUCGCAACCCGGAGUCAGGAUCCGACCCUGCUCUGCACAUUCCACAGGCAGGUGUCAGAGAUGGCGGAGGAUGGGAGUGAGGAGAUCAUGUUCAUUUGGUGUGAAGAUUGUAGCCAAUACCACGACUCCGAGUGUCCUGAGUUAGGCCCAGUGGUCAUGGUCAAGGACUCCUUUGUCUUAAGCCGAGCAAGGUCAUCUCUUCCUUCCAACUUGGAGAUCAGACGGCUGGAAGAUGGAACUGAGGGAGUGUUUGCCGUAACGCAGCUCGUCAAGCGAACCCAGUUUGGUCCAUUUGAGUCUCGGAGGGUUGCCAAGUGGGAGAAAGAAUCCGCAUUUCCACUGAAGGUGUUCCAGAAGGAUGGGCACCCUGUCUGCUUUGACACCUCCAAUGAGGACGACUGCAACUGGAUGAUGCUGGUGCGGCCAGCAGUGGAGCAUGAGCACCAGAACCUGACGGCCUACCAGCAGGACAGUGAUGUGUACUUCACCACCUCACGGGACAUCCCGCCCGGCACUGAGCUGCGUGUCUGGUACGCCGCUUUCUAUGCCAAGAAGAUGGACAAGCCCAUGCUGAAGCAGGCCUGCACUGGCACGCAUGCUGCAGGCACCCCGGAGAGCAGUGCCCCCGUGGAAGCAGAGCCCAGCCAGUGGGCAUGUAAAGUGUGUUCCGCCACAUUCCCGGAGCUGCAGCUCCUCAAUGAGCACCUGUUAACUCACUUGGAACAAGCCAAAGGUGUUCCCCCUGCAAGCCAGAGCGAAGCAACUCCCGAGAAGGAGCCAGAGGUGCCCCAAGGGGAGCCACCCGUAGGUCCACAGAAUGUCAGCACCACCAAAGAACAGAAGAAAAAGCCUCGAAGGGGAAGAAAGCCCAAAGCAUCAAGAACCGAGCAGCCUCUGGUCAUUGUGGAAGACAAGGACCCUGCAGAGCACGUGGCAGAGAUUGUCACCGAGGUCCCCCCAGAUGAGCCUGUGAAUGCAGCCCCAGAUGAGCGCAUCAUGGAGCUGGUUCUGGGGAAGCUGGCCACCAGCACCAGUGACAGUGGCUCUGUUCCAAAGUUCACGCAUCACCCACAUAGCACCAUCACCCUCAAGAGGAGCUUGAUUCUCUCGAGCAGGCAUGGCAUCCGGCGGAAGCUCAUCAAGCAGCUGGGUGAGCACAAGCGGGUCUACCAGUGCAACAUCUGCAGCAAGAUCUUCCAGAACAGCAGUAACCUGAGCAGGCACGUGCGCUCGCAUGGUGACAAGCUGUUUAAAUGUGAGGAAUGUGCAAAAUUGUUCAGCCGCAAGGAGAGUCUAAAGCAACAUGUUUCUUACAAGCACAGCAGGAAUGAGGUGGACAGUGAGUACAGAUACCGGUGUGGGACUUGUGAGAAGGCCUUCCGCAUCGAGAGUGCGCUGGAAUUCCACAACUGCAGGACAGGAAUCAUAGCCAACUUGGGUGGCUGUUCUGAUGGCAGUCAGCUUAGAGACCUACCCUAUGACAAGACAUUCCAAUGUGAGAUGUGUUUUAGAUUCUUCUCCACCAACAGUAACCUUUCUAAACACAAGAAGAAGCAUGGGGACAAGAAGUUUGCCUGUGAAGUCUGCAACAAAAUGUUCUACCGCAAGGAUGUCAUGCUUGACCACCAGAGGCGGCAUCUGGAAGGAGUGAGGCGGGUGAAGAGGGAAGACCUGGAGGCCAGCAGUGAGAACCUGGUCCGGUACAAGAAGGAACCUUCUGGAUGUCCAGUCUGUGGCAAGGUGUUUUCCUGUCGAAGCAACAUGAACAAGCACCUGCUGACUCACGGCGACAAGAAGUACACCUGCGAGAUCUGCGGGCGCAAGUUCUUCCGGGUAGACGUGCUCAGGGACCACAUCCACGUCCACUUCAAGGAUAUUGCCCUCAUGGACGACCACCAAAGGGAAGAGUUUAUCGGCAAGAUUGGGAUCUCAUCUGAAGAAAAUGACGACAAUUCUGAUGAGAGUGCUGACUCAGAGCCUCACAAGUAUAGCUGCAAAAGGUGCCAGCUCACCUUUGGCCGGGGAAAGGAGUACCUGAAGCACAUCAUGGAGGUGCACAAGGAGAAAGGCUACAGCUGCAGCAUCUGCAACCGCCGCUUUGCCCUCAAAGCCACCUACCACGCCCACAUGGUCAUCCACCGAGAGAACCUGCCGGACCCCAACGUGCAGAAGUACAUCCACCCUUGUGAGAUCUGCGGGCGCAUCUUCAACAGCAUCGGGAACCUGGAGCGGCACAAGCUCAUCCACACAGGUGUGAAGAGCCAUGCCUGUGAGCAGUGUGGGAAAUCCUUUGCCAGGAAGGACAUGCUCAAAGAGCACAUGCGUGUACAUGACAACAUCCGCGAGUACCUGUGCGCCGAGUGCGGGAAAGGCAUGAAGACGAAGCAUGCGCUGCGCCACCACAUGAAGCUGCACAAGGGCAUCAAGGAGUAUGAGUGCAAGGAGUGCCACCGCAAAUUCGCACAGAAGGUCAACAUGCUGAAGCACUACAAGCGGCACACGGGGAUUAAAGAUUUCAUGUGUGAAUUAUGUGGAAAGACUUUCAGUGAGAGAAACACUAUGGAGACCCACAAGCUCAUCCAUACAGUGGGCAAGCAAUGGACGUGCUCAGUGUGUGACAAGAAGUAUGUCACUGAGUACAUGCUGCAGAAGCAUGUGCAGCUCACACAUGACAAAGUAGAGGCACAGAGCUGCCAGCUGUGCGGAACCAAGGUGUCCACCAGGGCCUCCAUGAGCAGGCACAUGCGGCGAAAGCACCCUGAGGUCCUUGCUGUGAGGAUCGACGAUCUGGACCACCUCCCAGAGACUUCCACCAUUGAUGCCUCCUCCAUUGGCAUCGUUCAGCCUGAACUGAGUCUGGAGCAGGAGGAGUUGGCUGAAGGGAAGCACGUGAAAGCUGCAAAGCGAGCACACAAGAGGAAGCAGAAACCAGACGAGGAAGCAGGGGCCCCAGUGCCUGAGAGCACCACCUUCAGCGAGUAUCCAGAGAAAGAGACUGAGUUCGCCGGCAGCAGCGUGGGAGAUGAAACCAACUCAGCGGUACAGAGCAUUCAGCAGGUGGUGGUGACGCUGGGUGACCCAAAUGUCACCACUCCAUCGAGUUCAGUCGGCUUAACCAACAUCACCGUGACCCCCAUUACCACUGCAGCUGGGACUCAGUUUACCAACCUCCAGCCGGUGGCCGUUGGUCACCUCACCACCCCAGAACGCCAGUUGCAGCUGGACAACUCGAUCUUGACCGUGACCUUUGACACCGUCAGUGGCUCUGCCAUGUUGCACAACCGCCAGAACGAUAUCCAGAUCCACCCGCAGCCGGAAGCCUCGAACCCACAAUCCGUGGCCCACUUCAUCAACCUGACCACCCUGGUCAACUCCAUCACGCCCCUGGGCAACCAGCUCAGUGAGCAGCACCCGCUGGCAUGGCGGGCGGUGCCUCAGACAGACGUCCUACAGCCCCCACAGCCACAGCCUCCUCAGCAGCAGGCAUCACAGCCCCAAGUGCAGACCGAGCAACAGCAGCAGAUGUACAGCUAUUGAGUCUUCCUGAAGAGAACUCAAGAACAGAAAGAUGAGGAGUUUUCUGGUGGAUUUUUGAGAUUUGUGUGCUGGAUACCAAACAAAGAAAAAUAAUCAUACAUUGCAAUGUAAGUAAAGGUUGACUUAGCUUUUGCAGAAUUAUCUCCAACCCCCCCCCAACAACCAUUAC